AUGAUAAAAUGGUCACCUAAUAGCGUACCUUAUCUGUUGACCUUCUGGAACAAGACAGUCGGAUCUCUCAGUUCUGUGAAGCAUGAGACGGAACUUCAGAUCGAGGCCAUCACUGUCAAUCUGGCUGGGGCGUAUCUCAAGUCCUGCCUGGAAUGUGUUCACGCCGUUAUGGAUGGAGAUGCGGAUGAUCCACUUGAGUCGGAGGAAGCCUUGCUGGUCUCGCUGGACAUGUUUGCAAAUAUUGCACGGACUAAGCAUACGGAAUCAGGACGUCUGCUGGUGAACGAGUUCAACAACCUUUCAAUCAAGUACAGAGAGCUUAUUCAGAGAGCAACUUCUAUGGGUGGCGCCGCGUCAACUGGAUCGACAGACAUCAAGGAGAGCUUAUUGGUCGUUGAGUUGAAGUUGACGUGGCUGGUGUACCUCAUGUCAUCCAUCAUUGGAGCAAGAGUUAUGUAUCAAAGCACAUCGGAGCAAGAUCAGAUGGAUGGCGAGUUUGCUUGCGAGAUCCUCGGCUUCAUACAUCAACUUCAGGUCUGGACAGCACAGCGACCACUCUACUUUGCUUCACCCGACGCUCAUUUGCAGAUUCAGUCCUCUAUCAUUUAUUUCUAUCAGCAAUUCCGGGCGACCUAUAUCGGCGAAGAGUCCUCCAAGGCUGUCAAGGUGUAUACUCAGCUCUCUUCCCGUUGGGGUAUUAACACGCCAAAUCAGGUUUUGAAUGUCAUCAUGGAUUCUGCUCUGAAUAACCUUCGUUCAAUUGGCGAUCCUGCCUGGAAGAAACAGGAGGAUCUACUUGUGCUUCGGACCCUCAAACUGUUCACGAAUCUGGCUUCAGGGUACAGCUCUGUCAAAUACAUCCGGAAGCUUGACACGACAAAGGCGCUUCUCAAGAACCACAGUGCGCCUGAUUUCAAAUUCCUAGACCCUACCAGGAAAAGCUCUGACACUGCCGUUGCACGAUGCAGGACCAUCUAUUACACGAUGUUAUCGCGUAUCUUGUUUGCGGAGGACAAUGUCGACGCACAGUUUUGGAGGUUUAUUAAGCCGUGGGAGGCAACACUGGAUCGUGUUGCUCUCGCUUUCGUAGGAGGCGGUGAUCUUGGCGAGGAGGACAUCCGGCUCAUUCUUUUAGGAAUGUUUAAGGACUUGCGCGGGUUCGUGUCGAGUAUCACCAACCGGAGGCAGUACAACCUUUUUUACGAGUGGUUCUAUCCUGCUUACACACCCAUUGUUCUCCGGGCGAUUGAAAUCUGGCCGCAGAACGAAAUUGGAAUUGCAAUUCUUCGAUUCUGGCACGAGUUUGUUACCAAUAAGAGCAGCCGUGUUACCUUUGACAGUAGCAGCCCAAACGGGAUCUUGCUGUUCCGGGAGACAAGCAAUCUUCUGAGUCGGCCUAUCACGGAUGAGAGCACACGGUGGUCUGAAAAGUAA